CGUCGGCUCCGUUGUCGGAUAGGUGCGUUGACUGGUGGACGCCAGAGCGCUCUGUUUACUCUCUGCAUGUCCAAAAGUCAUGGAUGAACAAACCGAUCAGCAAACAUACAGUGUUUGCUCGUUCUGCAUGUCAAGUCUGCGCCUCUGUGGCAAAGACAUCAGUGGAGCUGUGGAGUAAUUUGAACAGAAGAGGAGAGGAAAUAUUUACAGGGUGCAGGCCUUUCUAUCUGUCUAAUGACCCUGUAACACUGUGUGAUGUCAUGUGAUGAAGGUUUGGGGCCCACAGCUAGGUGGACCUUCACAGUGUCGACCUAAAUUCUCCUGUGGUCAGCCCUUCUGAUCUGGUGUGAAAAUGACCUCACGACGGGGAGACAUUCCAGCACUUGAGUCUGGCACAUCAUCCGGACUCUUUGGCGCCUUUUCGGCUCCCAUUGGAAUGACUCGGCGCACUGUCAGCUACGAUGAGCUCUUGGAUGCCACCAUGCAUUCACCACCUCCAGACCUGACUGUCAACAUCUUAUGGAAAGACCCUGUCAUUCCGAAGCACAACUUCAGAAAGACUGCAACGGAAGGCGAAGUGGAUGGGAGGUUGCCGAAUUUUGAGGUAGCAUCGCCAGUCAAGUCCCCAGUGCCCAUUGUGAAAGCCAAAGCCACCUCUUUAAUGAGCACACUAAUGAUCAAGCAGACCCAGGAGACCCUCCAGAAGUUCGAGCACCAGGCAGGGCUCACUGAUGCCGGGUAUUCUCCCCACAAGGGGCUCUCCGCUGAGGACACACGCUUUCACCGACUGGGUGACGGCACAUUGCCAAAGUUGAGAAUGCCAAGCGGGGACUUCAAGGAGGACAGGUGUACAACAUCAGCACAAUCCACCCCAAGUGGCACCCCCUCUGUCACCCCCUCUGUCACCCCCAGUGUCACCCCCUGUGUUACUCCCCACACAUCACCGGCUGUUAGUCGCAGGAGCUGGUUCCAGCUGAGUCCUGCGCCUUUUCUUGCCACCCCAGAGCUUAAUAGUCCCAGCCCCAGCACAGACAUGGGAGGAAAUGAGGGAGGAGGAGGAGAGAGGUGGAGCUUCUUUGGAACUCGAUCUGUGGUACAGAAGUCCCCCACUGACCCAGGCUGUGACAGCAGCACAGGCUUCUCACUGCAGUCCUAUUUCGGCAUGCAGAAGUCCUCUACCAUGGAUAGCAACACCAAGGUCAACUUCAAGGUGGACGACCCUGCCAAUUUCAUGCCCCCCAAGAUUGAAAUCUCGGGUAUUGAGGCCAAGCGGGAACCCACACGGCCACACAAACUUAAACCUCGGGACAUGAAUGUUUUAACACCCUCGGGCUUCUGAAGACGGACCAGCUGUGUAGUGACACCUCUCUACCAUAUCUUUAAUAGUUUUUCUUCUCCGACUGGUUGCUCACUUGCUUUCUUAUCUUCCUCUGGCCCCUCUGCCUUUCUGCAAACUCACUGAGGCUGAGAGGAAAGAGGACCACCUUGUAGAAUUAGCUAACCAGCCCCGGAGACAACCCCGCAAUCUUACUCCUCCCAGCAGACCUACUCUGAUGGAUUGCAAUCUUCUCUUAGUCCACAGCAUCCCCUUCCUAUCUCCUCCAGCUCAUUGGUCAAUAAUAAAACACCCUAUGAAUAACCCUUAAUUUGUCAUCAUCCCUAAAGGUAGUAUUGCUUUGUAGUAUAUUUUGUUGUCCUGUCACAUAAUGGGUGCAUUGACGAGCAUUGCUUUGCUCUCGUUCCAUUGUAAAUGAUGGCAUGAGAUUCAAGUUUUUGAGAUAUUUUGUCAGUCCUUUCCUCAAGUUAAUCACUUUAGCAUGGCCUCUCAUUAAACUGACCAGCUAUUUCAAUUAAUAAUACUCAGUUGCCUCACUUUUAUUUUAUUUUGAUUUUGAUUAAGCAGACAGAUUUGUAGUUGUGUAGUCCUUUCCCCUGUUUGCAUGCUGAGUACAGUGUGGGAUGACUGAUAUGUGCCUACACCUGCAGUAUGUUUGCUUUUUGCGUUCUUGCCAUCAAAGUACAGCUUUUUUUAAUUAUUAUUGUAUGGAAGAGCAUCUUAUUUGACUUUGUGAGAGAGUAUGACUGAUGACUGGCCUGAAGUGAUGGUUUUUUUGUAAUUAUUUCAACUUAAGUAUUUUCAUAUUGUUCUGUAGUAAAUCAACAUUCAUAAUUCUAAAUAUUAGUGUAUUGGGUUUAUCACAUUUUUAUAUGCAUCACAAAAUUGAAGUGGUCAUUUUCUAUUUUGCAUAUACUGUGUCGCAAUAUAAGAAUCCCUGCUGUUUUAUUUGAAAAAGUUGACGAAUUCCAGUAAGUGAAUGCACAAGGGAGAUGGUCUCCCACUUACAUCUGUAAAUAAAUCUGAGAAUAACAAGA